AUGACUGACGGUACGAUGACAAUAUUCGUGAACAGUUAUCGUGGUAAGCUGGGUAAGACAAUGAUCGGUCGUGUCUAUGUGGAGGAUAAGGAUGACUGGGAUUUGCCGGAUAAAACGUUCACAUGGGCACCCGGCAAAUCGUUACCAGGAUUUGAACUUGCAUCCAACGGAGAGGUACGCAUAGACGAUUAUAAUUCAAUAGCUUGA